UCGCGUGUCCUCCUCUGCCGCCGUUGCUCCAUUGAGCUAACACUUCAACAUGGCAUCCGACGGACCGCCGGGCACCGAGUCUCUACCGUCUGAUUUGGGGAGUGCUAUUGCAGCUCUGAAUACAUGGAGCAUCCCGGAGCUUCAGGGCAAGCUGGCGGAGCUGGGGGCGCCCAACAUGGGCCCCAGAGAGGAGCUAAUUGACAGGCUGAAGGGCUACAUGAUACAGACUGGGAUUCUCCUCAGCAAACCUAAUGACGAUAAACAAAUGGGUUCUCAGAUACCAGGUAUCCCUGCUAUGCCCCCGAUGCCCAUGCCACCCAUGCCUCCUGGUAUGAGUAUGAUCCCGCCUAUGAGCAUGAUGCCCAGUGGGCCUCCUCCACCCGGUAUACACAUGGGCAUGGAGCACUCUGGUUUGCCACCGCCUGGCCUCACACAGGAUGAUCAGCUGAAGAUGGCUCAGCAGAGAGCAGCCAUGGUGUUACAGCAGGAGGAGCGGGCCAAGCAGGGCGAUUCCCGUGUCAUGGAUGAACAAGAUCUUUUGGAACAACAGAAAAGGGCCGCAGUGCUGCUGGAACAGGAGCGUCAGCAGGAGAUGGCCAAGAUGCAGCCCAGAUCCAUGCCCACUGUCACCCCACUCAGAGGGCCUCUGCCUCCAGGUGUCACCAUGCUACCAGUUCAGAAACAGAGAGUGCCGCCUCCUCCUGGAGAAGAUAGCAGAGAGAGCUGGCAGAGUGAGGAGAUAAGUGUCAGCGGUCCCAAGAUCCCCCAGGCUUUGGAGAAGAUCCUCCAGCUGAAGGAGAUCAGACAGGAGCAGCUCACCGAUCCCACAGAGGACGAUGAUGAUGAAGAUGAGGGAGCAGAGAUGGACUUGAUCAAUUCAUCUGGACCAGUCAUGUCUGAAACAGAUGACGACAGCCAGAUGUCUAAAAAAGACAAAAACCGCAAACGCAGGAACCGCAAAAAGAAGAGCAAGAAGAAGCGAGCGCAGGAGAAGAAGGAGCAGGCGGAGCAGCAGCAGAAGGAGACCAGCGACAAGGAGAAGGACAAAGAGAAGGAGUCAGAGGUGGAGAUCGAGUAUGUCACAGAGGAGCCCGAGAUUUACGACCCCAACUACAUCUUCUUCAAGAGGAUUUUUGAGGCAUUUAAGCUGACUGAUGAUGUGAAGAAAGAGAAGGAGAAGGAGCCUGAGAAGGCAGAGAAGCUGGAGACAGCUGUGCUGCGGAAAAAAGGAUUUGAAGAGGAGAAGAAAGACAGUGAUGACAGUGAUGAGGAAAUCAGGCAGGAUGCUCCUAAACUAUCCAAGAAGAAGCUGAGGAGGAUGAACAGGCUGACAGUGGCUGAACUCAAACAGUUGGUGGCUCGUCCAGAUGUGGUGGAAAUGCACGAUGUGACGGCUCAGGAGCCCAAGCUGCUCGUGCACUUAAAAGCCACCAGGAACACCGUGCCGGUGCCCAGACACUGGUGCUUCAAACGGAAGUAUCUGCAGGGAAAGAGAGGUAUCGAGAAGCCGCCGUUUGAGCUGCCCGAGUUCAUCAAGAGGACAGGAAUCCAGGAAAUGAGGGAGGCUCUGCAGGAGAAGGAGGAUGCCAAAACUAUGAAAACCAAAAUGAGAGAGAAGGUUCGUCCCAAGAUGGGAAAGAUCGACAUCGACUACCAGAAGCUCCACGAUGCUUUCUUCAAAUGGCAAAUCAAGCCCAAGCUCACUAUCCACGGUGACCUUUACUACGAGGGUAAAGAGUUUGAAACUCGUCUGAAAGAGAAGAAGCCAGGAGAUCUGUCUGAUGAGCUGCGUAUCGCUCUGGGCAUGCCGGUUGGACCUAAUGCCCACAAGGUGCCACCUCCCUGGUUGAUUGCCAUGCAGAGGUACGGACCCCCUCCCUCAUAUCCCAACCUCAAGAUCCCUGGGCUCAACUCCCCCAUCCCAGAGAACUGUACUUUUGGUUACCACGCUGGAGGCUGGGGGAAGCCGCCAGUAGAUGAGAUGGGCAAACCUCUUUAUGGUGACGUGUUCGGGACCAAUUCCGCAGACUUCCAGGCUAAAGCAGAGGAAGAAGAGGUGGACCACACACCGUGGGGAGAGCUGGAACCCUCAGAUGAGGAAUCAUCAGAGGAAGAGGAGGAGGAAGAGAGCGACGAGGAGAAACCAGACGAAACAGGAUUCUUCACACCAGCAGACAGUGGGCUGAUCACCCCAGGAGGCUUCUCAUCAGUACCAGCCGGCAUGGAGACCCCAGAGCUGAUAGAGCUGAGGAAGAAGAAGAUCGAGGAGGCCAUGGAUGGGAAUGAGACGCCGCAGCUGUACACUGUUCUCCCAGAAAGGCGAACGGGCCCCGUAGGAGCAGCCAUGAUGGCCUCAACACACAUUUACGAAAUGUCAGGGGCCAUGGCUGCUCGUAAAGCUGGUGGAGGGCAGGAGUCGCAGGGCGUGGAGGUGGCGCUGGCCCCGGAGGAGUUGGAGCUGGACCCCAUGGCCAUGACGCAGAAGUACGAGGAGCACGUGAGAGAGCAGCAAGCUCAGGUGGAGAAGGAGGACUUCAGCGACAUGGUAGCUGAGCACGCAGCCAAACAGAAGCAAAAAAAGAGGAAGGCCCAGCCGCAGGACACGCGAGGAGGAGCCAAGAAAUACAAAGAGUUCAAGUUCUAGAGGAGAUGAACCAAAACAAAGCUCUGCGUGCGACUCGGCCGCCACAGGAAACGAAAGAGGAAGAGACGAAUUUAAAUUUCAGAGGACCCACACUGCUGCACCGAUCAUCUGUCAGAUCUUUAACAGUAAACUGUAUAUCGACAGUGUUGUCGCGUCUCACGUAAUCAGUGACACAUGGCAGUGGUGACGUGCAUUUUCCUGUGUUUAGCUCAACUUUUUAGGUCAUGGUUAUUUUUUUUUUUUUUUCGAUGAUAGCCAUGUUUUUUUUUUUUUUG